AUGUCUUUAGCUUCUAAAUCUCUAAUCAAUGAAAGAAUUGAACACCACCGUUUAGAAAAAAGACUUCUGAAAAGCUCUAUUGAGAACAAAAAAGCUGAAUUGGCACUAAUAAUAGGUUCUGAUUUUCAAAACAUUUUUCAAAGCAUACAAAAUAGGUUCAACAAAGAAUCGGAAAAUGUGAAGGCUAGGCAAAAGGCUAAACUACAACAUCUCAGACCUCCCGAUAACAUUGAUAGGAAUACUCAAAUUUCACAGUGUGAUGAUGCAAAAAACCAAGUUGUGAAUCUGUCUUCUAAAGUUCUAAACCCAGUUGAGAUUUCUGUUUUGAGCAGAGGGCUAAAUUUUUCCGUUGUGCCUAAAUCAGUUAAAACGCUGGAUUUUGUGACAGGGAUUGAGUCUGCUGUUUCUCAGUUACCUGAGUCUCAGGGGGAUCAGUUCCGUUGUGAAGCUAGUAUUUUACUAAAGAAAAUUCCUACUCCUAAACCUAAUCUUAGUAAAGAGGAAACCAAAGCAGUAUCAGUCCUUGGGAAAGACGGUACUGUAAAGAUUUUGCCCGCGGAUAAAGGGAAUGCCACGGUAGUUCUUGAUACUGUGACAUACGAAGAAAAAAUGUUAGAAACUUUGCAAUCUGGCCAAUACACCCAAUUGAAAAAAGACCCCACAGAAACUUUCGAGCGUAAAAUCGCUAGUACUCUAAGAAAACACAAAAAGUUUUUUAGCGACAAACAAAGGACUCGGUUGACACCACACCAUUCCAAAAUUCCACACAUGUACGGGUUACCUAAGAUCCACAAACCUAACGUUCCUCUGAGACCAAUAGUUAGCUCCCGUGAUUCUGCUUGUAGGGAAUUGUCUAAAGUCCUUCUGGACAUUUUAAAGCCUUUAGUAGGAAACACUGAUUCGUUUAUCAAAAACUCCAAAGAUUUUGUAGAAAAGUCUAAAUCUAUCGUACUGGCUGAUACUGACAAGCUGGUCAGCUUCGAUGUUGAAAGUCUGUUUACGAAUGUCCCCGUUUCGGAAACCCUAAAAAUAAUUGAGACCCGUCUCACAAACGACGAUACUUUAGCAAACAGAACUAAACUCCCUGUUAACGUCAUAAUGGAACUUUUGGAGUUGUGUACUCAAUGUAACUAUUUCCAAUUAGAGGGUAAAUUAUACCGUCAAGAUGAGGGUAUGGCCAUGGGGUCACCAUUGUCACCUAUCUUUGCCAACAUCUUUAUGGAGGAGUUUGAGCAAAAAGCUUUGGCUUCAGCUCGGCUCAAACCGAGGAUAUGGUGGAGAUAUGUCGAUGACACUUUCGUGGUUUUCCCUCAUGGAGAUGAUAAAUUGAAUGAGUUUUUAGAGCAUCUUAAUAGCGUUUCAUCCUCCAUAAAACUAACCAUGGAGGUGGAAUCACAAAACAAACUCCCCUUUUUGGACGUGUGCGUAGAAAAGCAUUUGAACAGUCUUAGAACAUCUGUUUAUAGAAAAAAGACACACACAGGGCAGUAUCUAAACUUUCAAUCAAACCACCAAAUUUCUGUCAAGGAGGGGGUUGCUUACUCUCUGUUUGACAGGGCUAAGAGCAUUUGCUCCAUCAGGAUGAGUUAA